GGCCAGCAGUGCCGGCUGAGGAGCACCAUGGCCAGUGUCCUGCAGGUYCCCCUGGCUGCACUCCUCCUGCUGCCUGUGGCCACCGCCAUGCACUCCGACUGCAUCUUCAAGAAGGAGCAGGCCCUGUGCCUGGAGAAGAUCCAGAGGGCCAAUGACCUGCUGGGCYUCAACGAUUCCUCCCCAGGCUGCCCUGGCAUGUGGGACAAUAUAACCUGCUGGAAGCCAGCCCAUGUAGGGGAGAUGGUCCUUGUUAGCUGCCCUGAAGUCUUCCGGAUCUUCAACCCGGACCAAGUCUGGGAGACGGAAACCAUCGGAGAGUUUGAUUUUGCUGGCAGUAACUCCUUGGGUCUCUCAGACAUGGGUGUGGUGAGCCGGAACUGCACGGAGUAUGGCUGGUCGGAGCCCUUCCCUCAUUAUUUCGAUGCUUGUGGCUUUGACGACUAUGACACUGAGACUGGGGACCAGGAUUAUUACUACCUGUCGGUGAAGGCCCUCUACACUGUUGGCUACAGCACCUCCCUCGUCACGCUCACCACUGCCAUGGUCAUCCUGUGUCGCUUCCGGAAGCUGCACUGCACCCGAAACUUCAUCCACAUGAACCUGUUUGUGUCCUUCAUGCUGAGGGCGAUUUCUGUCUUCAUCAAAGACUGGAUCCUCUACGCCGAGCAGGACAGCAACCACUGCUUCAUCUCCACCGUGGCAUGCAAGGCUGUCAUGGUUUUCUUCCACUACUGUGUGGUGUCCAACUACUUCUGGCUGUUCAUCGAGGGCCUGUACCUCUUCACGCUGCUGGUGGAGACCUUCUUUCCCGAGAGGAGAUACUUCUACUGGUACACCAUCAUUGGCUGGGGGACCCCAACUGUGUGUGUGACCGUGUGGGCUACACUGAGGGUCUACUUCGAUAACACAGGCUGCUGGGAUAUGAAUGACAGCACAGCUCUGUGGUGGGUGAUCAAAGGCCCUGUGGUUGGCUCGAUAAUGGUUAACUUUGUGCUCUUCAUCGGCAUCAUCGUCAUCCUUGUGCAGAAGCUGCAAUCUCCAGACAUGGGAGGCAACGAGUCCAGCAUCUACUUAACAAAUUUAAGCCUGGGAGUCCCCAAGAAAACCCGAGAGGACCCCCUGCCUGUGCCCUCAGACCAGCAUUCACUCCCUUUCCUCAGCUGCGUGCAGAAAUGCUACUGCAAGCCACAGCGGGCUCAGCAGCACUCUUGCAAGAUGUCAGAACUGUCCACCAUUACUCUACGGCUGGCCCGGUCCACCCUGCUGCUCAUCCCGCUGUUUGGAAUCCACUACACUGUAUUCGCCUUCUCCCCAGAGAACGUCAGCAAGAGGGAGAGACUCGUGUUUGAGCUGGGGCUGGGCUCCUUCCAGGGCUUUGUGGUGGCYGUUCUCUACUGUUUUCUGAAUGGGGAGGUGCAGGCAGAGAUCAAGCGGAAAUGGCGGAGCUGGAAGGUGAACCGUUACUUCACCGUGGACUUCAAGCACAGGCACCCAUCCCUGGCCAGCAGUGGGGUGAACGGGGGCACCCAGCUCUCCAUCCUGAGCAAGAGCAGCUCCCAGCUCCGCAUGUCCAGCCUUCCGGCCGACAACCUGGCCACCUGAGUCCCYCUCCCCUCUUCCUCUCCUCCUACACAGGCUGGGGCUGCGGGCAGGGGCUGUGCACGUUCGCGCCUCUUCCCUCCCUUUGGGCAGGCCCUGGGCUG